AUGUUCGUUUUCGGAUCCUUCAAACGCUUGCCUACCGGUGGUAUCUCAAACACACUGAUUAGCGGCUGUGUUUCUCGUUAUAAUACAAAAGUUAAUGAGAUAUUUUUCAACCGGAAACGAGAACUUGUCAAGUUCACAAAUGCAUUCAGUGCUACUCCGGAACUUCAUGUUAUUUUAGGACCUCCUAGUACUGGGAAAACGGCCUUGGUUCGUGAGAUAACAAGUAAAGGCAAUUUCAAACCUCUUUUUAUCGACUGCCGUAUAGGACAAUUUGACACUCCAACGACCGUAUAUAAUUCGAUUUCCAUGCAAUUCAAAUCAUUCUUCGAUGAACGAAAGACAUUCCUGAAAAAAACAUUGCCAGAAACGGAGAUCAGGGCCAAGCUUCCUUAUUUUUUUAAUUUAAAAUUCAAGCUAUUUGAUGAGAAAAAGGAAGAAAUUACUUCUAAUACUGUCAGUGAGUUACUUGGUAAAAUUGCUAAUGCUCUUCCGAAUUGGAGCUUUUGGAAAGGUUACGAUGUAUCUCCACCCAUUUUGAUCAUUGAUGAAGCAAACUUGCUUAGUCAACUUGGUGACAAUUCGAAGGAAGGGCAAUUCUUCUUAAAUCAUUUCUUAACUGGCUUGUGGCGAAUACGAAACAAGAAAAGCGUUUUCACGCUCAAUGUAAAGGCUUAUAAUUCUCUAAUCCGCAUUUAUUGCCUAGUUUUGCGAAGCCCACAUGUAACCCCGUAUGUUGUCGGAGAUUUGAGUAGGGAAGAAGCCGAAAAAUAUUUUGAAAAGCAUAUUCUCCCUCGAUAUGAAUGCAAAGAACUCGAAGGCAAAUUUGAUCGCAUCCGCAGAAUAACGGGUACACGCAUGCUGAUUAUUGAUAGGUAUGUUAAAGAAUACAAAAAUUGCGAAGGAAAACUUGAAGAUAUCCGAUUUUCAGUUUAUGAAUCAGAAUAUCAUAGUUUGAAACGUGGUCUAUAUCCUGAUAAAUUAAGGUAUUUAGAUAAGCCUACUCCACCAUUCUGGAAAGGUCGCGAUUUGAUCGUUACUAUGGAUGCAAUAGUAAAAGCAGAAGAUCAAGGAUAUAUUUUAGAAGAUGAUUUGAUUGAAAUGAUCGGUUCUGAUCAAGUUGAUUCACUUGUAGAUUAUAAUUUUUUGCACCGUCGACCAACCUCACGAUUUGCUAAUGACAUCAUUGACCCGCCGAAUAAAAUAAUUCUCACUGCUACGAAUCAGCCAUCAUUGCGCGCGAUGGAACAAGUUUUAUCUGAAGUUACUCAAAGAAAAAAAUAA